CCACCGCAUAUCCUCCUACCGCACCAGAAAAAAACCUAGCCGCGUUCUCCUCCGCGGCACGCAACCAUUGUCCCCUCUAGAUGUAGAACACGCCUCGUCCACGGACCCAAACCUCUAGAUCCAGCCUCCUGGCCUCCAGUUUCCUGAUCGAAUCCGCUUCGAUCCCUGGGCAAGGUGAGGUCCGCGUCCAUGAUUUAUUCGAAUCAACCGUUUGCUAUCUGACUCGCAGAUUUCUCCUUCUGAUCGGUGAGCUGAGCUUGCGGCGAUCUUGGAGCAAACACGCGAGGGAGCUGGAUCUGCGCACGAACAUUCCGAUCUGCUAGGCCGGCGUCUCGGAUCUGUUGCUGAUUUGAUGCUUCACGACGGAUCAGGCUGUUCCCGGCGGUCUCGAGCUGGCGCGGCGGCGGGCGAAGAGUUUUCUCCGGCAAGUUCGUGGGAUCUCGUCUGCCUCCACCUCGUGCGACAACGGCUCUUGUAUUGAUAAUUAUUCGAUGAUAUUUCGAUAAUUAUUAGAUCUAAGAGAUCGGAGGUGGCGUAAGGUAAGAGCAUGUAACAAGCGAGGUGCUUGUGGUGAGGGGAAAGGCUGAAAAAAAGAGAUGUGAACAUCUAGAGGCCUUUGCCAUGUUGGGUGCGCUCGCAUGGCAGGCCACCACCGUAAUAAAGAUGGUUUUUGUGUCUCGGGGGGAGAUCGCACGGGGGUUAUCUUGUUUUAGCCCCGGGUUCUCCCCCCUUGUGUGCUGGUGUGCUCCUUUGUCUGCACCUCUCCUCUGAUCCGACUACAUGGCACAACGUUCUACCUGCGCGAAUCGGUCAUGGAGCUACGACGAAAGGCCAAAGCUUGAACAGCUGUAUGUGGGUUUGUAUUAGUACCCAAAUGAAGCCUCCAACAAUCUGGUCUAAGACGCCUGGAACUUCUAUCAUUGGAGCUUCGUCGGCUUAAUGGAGAGUGUUUUGAUUCUGGAAGUUUGGUGAAUGCUUUCCAAAGUGAAUAUCCAGCAGGAGGCUGGCUAAUAUGUAUUUUGCCUACAAACAUGGCAAAUCAUUUGUGAAGUUGUUGUGUCAUCCUUUAGAAGUAACUGCAUUACAUAUAUUUGUCUCUGUUGUUAAUCAUAAUUUCAGGACGGUUUAUUUUGUGGAUCUUCAUUCCAAAAUAUGGAAGCAGCAGUUAUGUGUUUUGGUUAUACCAUAUCCAUUGUUUUGUGUCAGCAUUAGUUGUAUAUAUUUUAGUUGGUCAGUUUACAUUGUUAACUCAUUAGUUUCUAGCUUGUAUUCUUUUGCUUAUUACACGUUGUUUACGUAAUUGAAUUUUAUAGGUAUAAUAUAAUAUUUAACAACGUUGAGAAAUUUUGCCAAAAAUUCGUGCUGUAAGUUUUAUAGAGAUAUUCAUUUUUGCUGGUAGUGCUGUUCUGGAUCUUUUCUCUGUCUGAGAGAUCUCUGUGGAUGCUGUUCGUAAGUUCAGAUUCCGGAUGGAAGGUGGUUCAAUUCCACCAAGAUUCUUUAGCUGUCUACUCCCGUUCCUAAAUAUAAGUCUUUGAGAUGGAGUCUACAUAAGAAGAAAAUUGAAUGAAUAAAAUUGUACUAGCUCUGUAUAAAAUUGUACUAAGCUUAAGACACUUAUUUUAGGGAGUAAUAUUUAAUCAAUAUCACUAUGUAGUUCAAUAGUGGAAAUAAAAGACUUAUAUUUAGGAACGGAGGGAGUAAUAUUUAAUCAAUCGAUAUUUCAUUGUUUACGUAAUUGAUUCGUUUUAAAUCAACUGCACACCCGCACUAGCCCCUCAUGUUCUUUUUAGUCUCCACAUUAGUUUUGUAGGAGUACUUCGGCCAAAUUGUUUAAUUAACGUUCACCUUGCCAAAUUAAUAUUGUGAUACCAACAUGAAGAAGUUAUGAACAAUCACCAACCAAACAGUACAAUAUCAGUUCGGCUCUUGAAUGCUUUUAAUUAAUAUAAUUAUAAUUUUGCAUCUUUGGUAAUCUAUGCUAUGUGAAAUUGCUCAUUCAGUUAUCCUUUACGUAUGUGUUUCAGGUUUCCAAACAGUACAAUAUCCGUUCUGCUCAUGGUUGCUUUUAAUGAAUAAUAAUUACAAUUUUCUUUCUGGGGAUGCCAGCUUUAACAUACUAUUUGGGAUAUGCAGCAGCCGCAGCACCCGCCAUACCUGAUCGUGAGAGCUGAGCUCUCCCAGUAAAACUAUGAUAUUGGAGGAGUUGGGCCAAUAAAAGCCCAAAUAGACCUUUCAGCUAUGGAACGAGAAGGUUUUGCUUCAUAAGGGAUAUAUAUAGUCAAAACAACAGGGAAAGAGAGAACGAAGGGAGCACUUUGUCGUCGGUGAGAUGUACGACCUCGUCUCCUUUUUUCCUUCGCCUUAUCCAUGAGGGCAGUCGCCGUUAUCGCCUCUCGCUCGCCGCCGCCAUGGAGUGGAUUGACUCCGGCGUUUCCGUCAUCGGAUGCAGGCUAUAUGUCGCUUCGGUCGUGAUGCUGCUCGACGUGGCCAUCAUGGCGCUCGGAGGGGCACGCGUGAAGGUCACCAUGCCCCUGCACGCGGCCGUCGCGUCGUCGGAUGCACCAAUCGUGGUGCCCCUCGAGCCCGUGGCCAUACGUUGGUGGGGUUCGACCCCUGGCUAGUGGCCAGCCCGAGCGCCCCUGCGGCGCUCGGGGCUGCAACCGCAUCUACUCUGCCCUUGGGUCUUCGCCUUCACCCGUCCUUCAUUGGACGAGUAGGCCGCGCUCGGCUUCGCCUCAGCGCCCAUCGGCGCCUCCGACGUCAUCCGCCUUGGAGCGGGGAUGGAGGGCGCCGACGCCAACGCCCCGCCACCGUAGGAGGUGACUGGGGGCUCGAGCAAUCGCACGGAGUGGCGCUUCACCCUCCUUUUCGGGCGUGUCGUCGCUGCCUUCGAUUGCUGCCUCGGGCAGCGCUUCGAUUCUUGGGCAUCGGAGACCCUCGACUUUGCCCUCGCCCCGCUGAGGGGAACCCGUUGAGUCCCCAUCGUCAUCGAUUUUUCGUCGGAGGAUGCCUCGUCGACGAUGAGCCGAUGAAGCGUGGGGAUGCGACGGUGGCCACCCUGACGCCGACAUUCUCUUCUCCCGUCUCUGCGCCGAGUAGAGGAGGGGAUCGAGAGGCUGGACCGGGUUGGGUCUGUGACCGUUAUCCCGCUGUCUCUCUCUCCGCUCUCGCUCUUAUGCGGUGGGGGUUGGAGUGGGCUGACCCAGACACCCGACUACUCCCUCCAGGAUAUUUUUCUUCAUUUCUCUCUCUCUUUUAGUUAACUUUAGUACUAAUUAUUGUAUUAGUGCACUUCUAGAGUACUUCUAGUACUGUUUAGUACUACUUACAUCGUAGUCGAGCUCUAGAUUUAUUUGAGUUAGAACUUAUGUAAUUAUUAGUAGGUGUGUUUAUAUUAUGCAAUGGCUUGAUGAUAAUAUAAAUAAAGUACCGGAUUUGACCCGGGAAGAAUGACAUGUUUCAUGUGUUUACCACAUAUCAAAUUCUUUGAACAUGUUUUUGCGAUUGAGAUCCCUUUCUCUCGCAUAUGAAACUUGUAAAUUUUUGAAUAGUUCUCCCUCAUUAUAUUUGGAAUCACAAGGAAAUGAGUUGGGAUCUAGUGCUCAUUUGCAGAUUAUCCCCGCUUACUGUGAGGUCUACGCUUCGUCAAUCUCGACAAGUGAUUACCUUCAAUGUGUAUACCUUAUAUCAUACCUGUAACAUACACAAGGUAAUGGAAUGUAGCCUAUUACUAGGAGAUCUAAGUGAUCUUUAAUGUGUUAUGCUCACACAAUUGAGGUUAAGAAUCUUUCAAGUUUUCACUUGAGAAUCAAAUGUUUGCAUUCUUAUUACAGAACCAUGAUGAUUUUUAAUUUACCGCCCGUAAAUUAAUUUUCUCUGGUUCCUCAUGUAGGCAAAGAUGAUCGUCAAAGAGUUUGAGGAGUUUGCCUUCAAUAGCCACAACUACCCUACAUGGGCUAUGGACAUCAAGAUCAGUCUUGUGUCCCGUGGGAUAGCGAGUGCAAUCCAGCCCCCGGAGACUCCUCUCCCGAUCGGAGCCAUGCCGUUGACAGAACAAGAGAACUAUGGUGCUUUAUUCAUCAUAAGUCAUCAUAUUCAUCCAUAUCUCAUGUCUAAGUAUUUACACGAGGAAUCCCCCAGUACUCUGUUUUUCGUUCCUCAAAACGAGGUAUGAACAGUAGAAGGUAGUAGUCCUGCCAGAAGCACUCUAUGAUUGGACUCAUCUCCGCCUUGAGGAUUUCAAGUCCAUUGGUGAGUACAAUCAUGGUAUUCAUAAGAUAUGUUCCAAACUAUGCUUUUGUGAGAAGGAACCAAGUGAAGGGAACAAGAUACAGAAAACUUUGUCUACUAUGCUCCCUUCAUAUAGGUCCUCCAACAGCAAUACCGUGCUCAUAAGUACAUUGUCUAUUCCAAGUUUAUUCACAUGUUACUUCAUGCUGAAAAGAAUGAUGAGGUACUCGUUAA